UAAAAAUAGCAAAAAACAAGAUAAAGAGAAUUCUCUAUCCUUCUCUCUCUCUCUUUCUGCCUUGUCGCUGUUAGUAAUCGUAAUAGUGUUUCCAGGCACAGUAGAAGGAGAAGAAAACUUUCUUCUUUUGUCUGUUUAAUCGCUGAUUCUUUUCUUUCUUUUUCCAUUGGGGCAUUUUCGGAUCUCAAAGCUCUUCAGAUAUCAGACAAAAAGGUUUUUUUGAAGAUUAAGACUUUACUUACUCAACACUGUUGUAUUACCUGUCGUAUCUAUUUGAUUCUCUUGGAUUUGAUCCUGAGUCUAGUGUUGUUAUGUGCUGAUUGAAUAUACUGUUGUUGUGGUCUUGGGAACCAGAAAUGGAGAAACGGAAGAGAGAAUCAUCUGAGAUAAGCUUUGGUGAAUCAGAGUCAGUGUCUUCACUAUCUGAGAAGGAUUCUCAAAUUCAUCCUGAGAGCACAAUGGAGUCUCAUGAUGAUGAGAUACAAUCAUCAACGGUUUCUUUGGAAGAAGAAACUGAAAAUGAGGAUUUGAAAGAUAGUAUAAGGACUUUGACUGAGAAACUUUCAGCUGCUCUUGCGAAUGUAAGUGCUAAAGAUGAUCUGGUGAAGCAACAUGUCAAAGUCGCUGAAGAAGCUGUCGCUGGGUGGGAGAAAGCUGAGAAUGAAGUGGUUGAGUUGAAGGAGAAGCUUGAGGCUGCUGAUGAUAAGAAUAGAGUGUUGGAAGAUAGAGUAAGCCAUCUUGAUGGAGCUUUAAAGGAGUGCGUUAGACAGUUAAGGCAAGCAAGAGAUGAACAAGAGCACCUAAUUCAAGACGCAGUGAUCGAGCGAACCAAGGAGUUGCAGUCGUCUAAAACCAGCCUUGAGAACCAGAUUCUUGAAGCUGCUACCAAGUCUGAGGAACUUAGCCAAAUGGCGGAAUCCGUGGCGAAAGAAAACGUGGUGCUGCGACAUGAGCUUCUUGCACGAUGCGAAGAGCUAGAGAUCAGAACCAUUGAGAGGGAUUUAAGCACCCAGGCAGCUGAAACCGCAAGCAAGCAGCAGUUAGAUAGCAUUAGGAAAGUGGCAAAACUCGAGGCUGAGUGCAGGAAGCUUCGUAUGUUGGCUAAAUCAUCAGCUUCGUUUAACGAUCAUCCAUCUAUAGAUAGUCAUUCUGAUGGAGGGGAGAGAAUGGAUGUAAGUUGCUCUGAUUCAUGGGCAUCAUCCACAUUGAUUGAAAAGAGAAGCCUUCAGGGCACUUCCUCUUCCAUUGAACUUGAUCUCAUGGGUGAUUUCCUUGAGAUGGAACGUCUUGUAGCAUUGCCCGAGACACCAGAUGAGAACGGUAAGAGUGGACCUGAAUCAGUAACAGAAGAGGCUGUUGUUCACUCAGAGAACUCGUUGGUUGCUGAAAUAGAAGUAUUGACUUCUCGAACUAAGGAACUUGAAGAGAAAGUGAAGAAGCUAGAAGCGGAGAAAAAUGAGCUCGAAAGUGAAGUUAAAUGUAACAGAGAAGAGGCUGUUGUUCACGCAGAGAAGUUGUUGAUUGCUGAAAUAGAAGUUUUGACUUCUCGAACUAAGGAACUUGAAGUGAAACUGGAGAAGAUAGAAGCGGAGAAAGAUGAGCUCGAAAGUGAAGUUAAAAGUAAUAGAGAAGAGGCUGUUGCUCACUUAGAGAAAUCUUUGGCUGCUGAAAUAGAAGUAUUGACUUGCCGCAUUAAGCAACUUGAAGAAAAGUUAGAGAAGUUGGAAGCAGAGAAAGAUGAACUCGAAAGUGAAGUUAAAGGUAACAGAGAAGUGGAGACCACACUGAGAUUUGAGCUCAAAGCUAUUGCCUGUGAUAAAACGGAGCUGUAUGAUAAGUUGGAGAGGAUGGAGGCUGAGAAAGCUGAGUUGCAAAUAUCUUUUGACAUAAUCAAAGAUAAGUAUAAAGAAUCUCAAGUUUGUCUGCAAGAAAUUGAGACGAAGCUGGAGGAGAUACAAACGGAGAUGAAACUUGUUAACGAACUAAAAGCAGAAGUUGAAUCUCAAAUCAUCGCAUUGGAAGCAGAGGUAAAUACUAAAGCCGCGAAGAUUGAUUCAUUGGAAGAAGACAUGAGAAAGGAGAGGUUUGCUUCUGAUGAGCUUAGGAGAAAAUGUGAGGUUCUUGAAGAAGAAGUCUCUCUCUAUCAAGAGAACGCCAUCAAGAGGGAAAAUAUAGAACCCAAGAUCAAACAGGAAGACAUAGAAACAGCUGCAGGGAAACUUGCGAAUUGUCAGAAAACAAUAGCUUCACUUGGGAAACAGCUGCAGUCUCUUGCAACACUUGAAGAUUUCUUAACCGAUACACCGAGUAUUACAAUGGCUGCAAACGGUGUAUGCAGCAGCAGCAGCAACUCAGAGAGCUGGAAGGUUCACAAGAACGAAACUUUCCUGACGAGAAAUCAUCCGGAGUCCAUCAAACCAAUCAAAGAAACAUCACCUUCCGCUGCUGCUGUUGUUUCAGUGCCAGUUUCAUCAAACCGAGGGAGUUCUGAGAAGAAUCGCAAUGGGUUUGCAACAGUAUUCACAAGAAGUAAAGAUGGGAUACAUCUAGCGAUUUAGCAUAACUUUGGCAGUAGGCAGAGAGACUAUCUCUUAGGUUUUAAAGAGAUCUGUUUUGAAUGGUUUUAGAAGAUCACUCUAGAGUAUGCAGGGGAUAAUGUUUCUAAAGAUUUCAGUUUUCUAAAAGUUGUUCUAGUAAUUUUCGAUGUCAUGUUGUUAUGAAUCAGAGUUCAGAGAA